AUGAGAGAAGUCAUCUCCCUCAACGUCGGCCAGGCCGGUUGCCAGAUUGCCAACUCGUGUUGGGAGCUUUACUGCCUCGAGCACGGCAUCCAGCCCGACGGCUACCUGACCGAGGAGCGCAAGGCACAGAACGACGACCACGGUUUCAGCACCUUCUUCUCUGAGACCGGCCAGGGCAAAUAUGUCCCGCGUACCAUCUACGCUGAUCUGGAACCCAAUGUCGUCGACGAGGUCCGCACUGGUCCUUACCGCUCGCUCUUCCACCCGGAGCAGAUGAUCACAGGCAAGGAGGAUGCCUCGAACAACUACGCCCGUGGCCACUACACGGUGGGAAAGGAGCUUAUUGACCAGGUCCUGGACAAGGUCCGCCGCGUGGCUGACAACUGCUCGGGUCUCCAGGGUUUCCUCGUCUUCCACUCCUUUGGUGGAGGCACUGGCUCUGGAUUCGGUGCUCUGCUGAUGGAGCGUCUGUCUGUCGACUAUGGCAAGAAGUGCAAGCUCGAGUUCUGCGUCUACCCAGCUCCCCAAGUCGCCACCUCGGUCGUGGAGCCAUACAACUCGAUUUUGACCACUCAUACCACCCUCGAGCAUUCCGACUGCUCCUUCAUGGUGGACAAUGAGGCCAUCUACGACAUUUGCCGAAGGAACCUGGGCAUUGAGCGCCCCAACUACGAGAACCUGAACCGCCUGAUCGCCCAGGUCGUCUCAUCCAUUACCGCCUCGCUCCGAUUCGACGGUUCCCUCAACGUUGAUUUGAACGAGUUCCAGACCAACUUGGUCCCCUACCCCCGCAUCCACUUCCCUCUUGUUGCCUAUGCUCCAGUCAUCUCUGCCGCCAAGGCCGCCCACGAGGCCAACUCGGUCAUGGAGAUCACCAACGCCUGCUUCGAGCCCAACAACCAGAUGGUCAAGUGUGACCCGCGCAACGGAAAGUACAUGGCCACCUGCUUGCUGUACCGCGGUGACGUGGUCCCCAAGGACACCCACGCCGCUAUUGCCCACCUCAAAACCAAGCGCACCGUCCAGUUCGUCGACUGGUGCCCAACUGGUUUCAAGAUUGGUAUCUGCUACCAGCCACCUCAGAUGGUUCCUAAUGGUGAUCUCGCCGCCGUGAACCGUGCCGUGUGCAUGCUGUCCAACACCACUGCCAUUAGCGAAGCCUGGUCAGCUCUGUCCCACAAGUUCGAUCUCAUGUACAGCAAGCGUGCUUUCGUCCACUGGUAUGUUGGUGAGGGUAUGGAGGAGGGUGAAUUCUCCGAGGCGCGCGAAGAUCUUGCAGCUUUGGAAAGAGACUAUGAAGAGGUGGCAGCCGACAGCCUCGGUGACGAUGAGGGUGUCGAAGCUGAGUACUAG